AUGGCGUCUUCAUCUAUUCCACCAACUGAAAUAGAAAAAGAAGUAAUAGUUGAGCCAAAUUGGGUUGAACUUCCAAGAGAUGUAACGGCAAACAUCCUCCAGAGGCUAGGGACGAUUGAAUUAUUGACCAGUGCAUGUCAAGUUUGCCCCUUAUGGUGGAAUAUCUGCAAGGAUCCUCACAUGUGGCGAACCAUUAACAUGACCAAGGUCCCUUCUUCACGCUAUUAUUUUCAGGAUGAAUUGGUGAAGAUUUGUAGCAAAGCAAUUGAGCAAAGUUGUGGUCAGCUAGAAAACAUUGAUAUCUUUGAUAUUGAUUUUAUUGUAACGGAUGAUCUUCUUGCAUUCAUAGCCGACAGGUAA